GAGGCGUUAGCAGGAAAGGUCUGAGAGAUGGGAUGGGAUGGGAUGGGAUGAUGGAGACAGGGAUAGAAAGGAAAAAUAGCUGUUAAAUACAUUGUUAAAAAAAAGAAAAUAAUGUAGAGGUUAUGGAAUGUACAACGAAUAGUGUAAAAGAUACUGAGUAGAAGCAAACGUAAACGAAAGUGAUAAAAAGAAAAGAGUAGGGUUGGGGGACCAGGAAAGAUCGCAAGCAGGGAAAGAGGGUUUCUUUGAAAGUGAUAGGGCUUGAGUAAGUUGUUGAUUGUUGUCUGUGUGUAUUGGCGGCUGUCGCAGAGUGUAGUCCGUACAAGGUGUUAUAUUUCAUUAAAACCCCGCAGACGGGGAUAGUGAUAAAAAAAGAAGACGAGACAGAAAUGUUCAAAAGGCAGGAAGUGGUUGAAAAAUUCUGGUUUUAAACGAGUGAGGAUCGGAUCUGUUUGGCAGAGGAGAGCUCCCACCCCACACACACUGUUACUAGUACUGUUAAGUAACCUGUUCUUCUUUAAUAAUGAAGAAGGUGUCGGAUAGGAAUGUAAUACGUUUGGCAAUAGUACAACAGCUACGGGGCUUCGGGAUAAAAAUUAAAAACUGGAAUAAGAGCAGCAGCAGCAAACUGACAGGAUGCAGCGGGGGGAAGAUAUUUGGGACCUCUUUAGAGGCUUUACCACAGCAGAACCUGGCUGAUUAUGGGAGAGUUCCUUGCUUUCUGGUUGAUGCUUGUGAAAAUCUCACGCAACAUAUCGAUACAGAGGGACUGUUUAGAAAAUCUGGGUCCGUUGUUCGACUUAAAGCAUUAAAGGUCAAGCUGGAUCAAGGUGAGGACUGUAUAUCCUCAGCACCCCCAUGUGAUGUUGCUGGUCUUCUCAAGCAGUUUUUCAGGGAGCUACCAGAACCAGUCAUUCCCACUCACCUACAUGAAGCUUUCUUUAAAGCACAGCAACUGCCAGCCGAGGAGGAGCAGAGCACCGCUACUGUCUUGCUGUCCUGCAUGCUCCCCGAGAGAACUACAAACACCCUGCGCUACUUUUUUAACUUUUUGAGAAAUGUUUCCCAAAGAUCAGCUGAGAAUAAGAUGGACAGCGCUAAUCUGGCUGUAAUAUUCGCUCCAAACCUUCUGCAAUCGAGUGAUGGAAAUGAAAAGAUGACGUCAAACACAGAAAAGCGUCUGAAGCUGCAGGCAGCUGCAGUACGCAGUUUUAUUGAAAAUUCACAACACUUUGGUUGUGUGCCGGAUUUUAUCAUGAGUAAGAUUCCUGCAAUGUUGGGAGUUGAUGCUGGUAGUUCCACUCCGUCGCUGGAAAGUUCAGAGGAUGGAGAGAGUGAAUUGUCAGGAGUCAAAAAAAGGAGAAGGCGCAGUGUUGGAGAUAUGGUUAAUGGAGCGCUGCAUAAGUUUAAAUCUAAUAGAACCCCCACAAGUACUCCUCUGCCAGAUGGAUCAGUCACUCCUGUGAUUCUAACUCCAAGUUCUAAACGGAAGCUACUGACUGACUCUGCUCAAAGUUUGGGGUUUUCAAGCAAGAAAAGAAGAUCUUUGAAACACAACCUUGCAUUAGAAUUUCUUCCAAAUAAACUGUUUGGUAGUGGUUCUACACCUGGCUCAAGCCAGUUAAAUGACACAAGUCCCAGUAUAUCUCUAGAGUCUUCACAUGGGACUCUUACCCCUUCUGCAAGAAGUGGUGGACUGGCAGCCAGCUCUGCAAAAAGAAAAAGUAAAAGGUUUGAGAGCAAAAAAGUUAACAGAGUGGAAUCUGGAAAAGCAGGAUGCUUUUCUCCAAGAGUCAACAGAAAAGAAGUAGUGCGCAAGUCUCUGCGUCUCCGCUUGAGUCUUGGAAAGAGCAGCAAAGAUUCUAAUGUCUUGUCAAAUGCAUUUCCGGUGGCUAAAGGAUCUGAAAACGUUGGCUGGCGUCUUGCCACUCAAGAAACUAACAUCAGUUUUGGGUUGUCAGAAGAAUCUACCUUUAGUCCUGUUGUAAGAAGGAACACAUUCACAAGAAAGGAUUCCAAGUACAUCAGUAAAUCUGAAGAAAAUCUGCUCACCCCCCAGUCUGACGAGAGGGCACAUCAUAACUCCUGGAAUGGAACCAGCCAUGAAGAGUCCCAAGACUUGCACUCUGAGACCCCAUUGGGCAGAUAUCUCAACAACUUAUCCUCAGAGCCUGCCUUAGUUGCUAGAAAGCCUCCUGUCAUUGCAGGUGUUCCUAGGAGCCUCUGUCCAGGCUGUAGAACAGAGAGCCCUCCCAGUAAUGCAUCUUUUGCAGAUGAAAAUAACUUGAGUGAGUCAACCUUGCUUAAGAUCAAAGGGGCCUUCACUGAAUCUAGUAGUGACCUGCGUUCACUAAUAGGCGACAGCAGUUCCUCAAUGGAUAAUUUCUUGAAAGAAAGAAAUUACUUUGUGAAGGAAGAUACAAAUGAGUCAUUGUUGAGUUCCAGACAUUCAAGUGAUGUGAAGGAGACAUGUUUAGGCACAUCGCCUCAAAAACAAAUGGUUCACCAACAGAUUGAAGACUUGUCUUUUGUAGAAAAAAAUAUUGUCGCGUCAUCUCCUGGAAAGACAAAUGCCAAUAUAUGUCAUGUAGAAGAGCCACAAUCUCCACAGAAACCAGUAGAACCAGUGUUUAAGUUAAACGCUACUAAUGAUAGUGAUACUGUUGCUUAUGAGGUGGAAAGCAUAAAGGACAGCUGCCCUUUGGAAGCUCUUUGUGACUUUAACAGUCACUCUGCAGGGAAUGUUACCGUAGAAGCUAACCAGUUAGAGCACAAUGUUUCCAAAAUCGAGGUUCAGUUGCAAAAAAUAAUAAAACCACCUGUUGGUGAGGCUUUAGAAUACAUUCAACCAACUGAAAAUGCAAGAACAACAGAACAGAGUCCACAUGAAGAAAUAUCUGCUGAGAGUUCAGUAAUGCUCAUCUCUAACACCUCUGAAUAUAAGUUAAGGGUAGCAGAUCACAUUCAAAGGUUUAAUGUACUUUCUUUGAAUAGCCCAAAACCAAACAAUGUUAAGUCCCCUCUUAAAUUUAAACGCACCCCAGUGCGCCAGUCUGUCAGGAGAAUAAAUUCGCUGCUAGGAGUUCGGAGACCAAUAGAGGGCAACAACAGUCCAUCAAAGAUUGGCUCUCCAGUGGUAAAAUCAAUGAGUCACGAAAGUGGGCUAUCCUUAUUUGUUGAAAAAAGCCUGCACAACUUUGAGGAGCCUGCACACUGCAUGUAUGUUUCAGAGGACAAAUGUGGUAAAAGGCCUUGCCAGAAUACAUCCACAAAUUGCUCUGUUCCCUCAUUAAAACCCCAAAUUUACAAAGUUACAACCCUCUUCCACCAUCAGACUAAGCAUUCUGCGCUUGGCGAUUUGACCAAUCAGGCAGCACCAAAAGAAAAUAAUCCAAUUGUAAAUGAGACUAGAGUUUUCACUGGCAAAGCGCAGGUGAAACCAGACAAAUCUGUCUUGCUUGAGAUGGCAGAAAAGGAAAAGCGUUGUUACAGAGGCUCGCCAAAAAAUCCAUUGCCAGCAAACAAGCUGUUAUCGGCCACUAAACCUAUAGAUCUGUAAUAAACUACUGUAAAGUAAACCUGCUGUUGUGUGCACUUGAGCGCCUGUUUGGUUAAAUGUUGUCUGACAAUAACAACUUCUACAUUUUGUUUACUUUCUUUAAGAUUAAAUUAUUUUCUUGUGUUAAUACUGUACUCUUGCACGGUUCGGGAUGUUUUGUGCGACUCCAGUCUUAAUAGUUAAGUGUUGAAGGACUAGAAAGUUUUUGAUUGAGCUAUAAUGUGGCUGCAAUUAGGUAGUAGGUUAUGUAAACAGAGGCUAACUCUGUUUCAUUAGUGAGCCAUACCUUUUUUGAAAAUGAGCUUUACCAUUGUAAUGUGGGGAGACGUAUGUUAGCUGAUUGGUGAACUGCCCCAUAUAAAAUGGUUUAGGCAUAGUCCUGUAAAUUGAUAGGGGAUAACAUAGGGCAGCAGCAGUAGUAAUUCACAGUUAAGGAUCAGAUUUCCUGAACUUGUUUUAGAAUGGACUUGUUUUAGAAUGUUUUAGCUUUUUUUUGGGGGGGGGGGGGGGUUUUAUUUUGCUAUUUAAUAUAAUCUUUUGGAAACUCAUAAUUUGGGAGAGGAAUGUGAAGAGUUUUACAGACUGUAAGAAAUGUUUUGCAUUGAGUGACCAAAACAAAUGUUUGGUGCUCAAUUUAAAAUGAUGCAAAACUUGCAAUAAAAUCUGUAUGCAAUAUUGAUUUAACCUGUGAGUGGUGGUGGUCAUUUAUAAUCUCACAUGCAAGCCCUUAUAUUAAAUGAUGAAAGAAAAACAUGACAUUGAUAGUUGCUACACAUUUAACUGUUUUCACUUCAGUAUACCUACACAAUCUGAUAGACCACCAUGCUCACUGAGGAAGGCAGGCAUGAUUCUGUAUUAUAUAUUGACUCUGGGUUCAACUGAGUCAAAGUACUUGGUUUUCAGCUGCCUUUAAAAUAUUGCUGGCUAUCUACUGAUCUUGACAAGGGACAGGGAUAUUCUCACGGAGCAGAAAUUUCCAUGGUGAGUUUUAGGUGUUUCAGACAUCAUCUUUCAUGUAAAGAAAUUGAUUUGGGAAUAGUUUAGGAAGUAAUGUUGAUGUAUUUUCUUCAGGAUCCCCUGCCCCAGUUUGGGACCUCUGUUCUAGCUGACUCCUCCUUGAGUACAUUACAAAAUAAAGCUGGUGGAUUCUUCCAUUUUGCAUAUGUUCUGUUUUCAAAGUAUUACUCUCCGAGAUUUAUUAAGAUUCUACAUAAAAGAAGUGCUUCUACAGGUGGCCAUGUCAGAAUACCAAUGAACUGACCUUUUCACAAUUGGUCUCGGCGAGGUUUAUAUUUGUAUCUGCACAGGGAGAUUGUAUUGACGGUAUUGGUUGAACUGUAAUGCUAAAAAUGAUAUGGUAAACUUGU